CGAUUUCACGGUGCAACAGUCGAAGCUUCUCGACUUGUUAUUGUUUCGUAGCUUCGUCGGUCCAACAAGACCUUGCGCUAGAAGAACAGUUUCGGCUUUGUUUUGUUCAAUUCUCACCUCACCCCGGACAGAGUCCAAAACAACGGUUUAUUUCUUGCGUUUGUCGGGAAAUCAGAGUUGAGUAUAAUAAACACCCUUCACGACAUUCUUUGCUUGUCCACCUUGGUAAUCCUCCAUUCACUCUCUUCACGUGUUUCUCUCUUGAUAAUUCUCUGAUACCCGUACGCAAUUUUAUCUUUCCUUCUUCGUUUCUUCGAUUUCAAUACGUUUGGAUUGUGUGUUGGUUUCAUUUUUCUGAUAUUAGAAAUUUAGUUGAAACAUUACCUGCAAAUUUGCAGUUCUUAACUAGAUAGCUUGCUCUUUUAGCGAUCCUUAAGGUAUAUUUUGUUAUCUAGUUAUGAUUUUGUUUACUAUACCAUUGCCUCAUUGGAUCUAUCAAUGUAAAAGACUUGGAAAUUGCGUUGUUGUUCUUUGUGUAGGUAUCUGAAAUUGGGGGACUCUUAUUAUAAAAGAUAUGAUGAUUUGUUACUCUCCAAUUACAACAUGUUCUAGGAAUGCUAUCAGUAUCAAGAGGCAUUUAGGCUCUCGCCUCUACGGCGUUGUGGCUCACGGAUCAUCUAAAUUCUCCUGCUACAGUCUUUUAUCAGGACUUUCAAGAAGACAUUAUACCGGUUUUCGUGUAUCGGUCUCUAAUAGACCUUCUAGUUGGCACGAUAAAGGACUUUUUGGGUCAGUAUUGAUCAAUCGACCAACUGUUGCUCCUAAGGAAAAGCUUGAAGUUUCUUUCUUGUCCCCUGAGGCUAAUAUGAAAUGCUCGAAGAUAGAAUCUAACAUGAGAAAUCUCUAUUGUUAUUCAAGAUUUGCAUAUACAGGUGUGAUUGUUAGCUUGCUUGUUUGUUAUUCUUCGACUUCCCAAUCAGCGUACGCAGAUUCUUCAAGGGAUAAAGAUGCUAACAACGUGCAUCAUCAUUCGUCUGAUGGUAAAUUCCACAAUGGGAAAAGAGUUUAUACUGAUUACUCUAUCAUUGGUAUUCCGGGGGAUGGCAGAUGUUUGUUUCGUUCUGUAGCUCACGGAUUCUGCUUACGCUCUGGGAAACUAGCUCCAGGCGAGAAGAUGCAGAGAGAACUCGCUGACGAAUUACGUACCAGGGUUGCUGAUGAGUUUAUCCAAAGAAGACAGGAAACAGAAUGGUUCGUGGAAGGAGAUUUCGACACCUACGUCAGACAAAUUCGGGAUCCACACGUGUGGGGAGGUGAACCUGAACUCUUCAUGGCUUCACACGUUCUCCAGAUGCCAAUCACAGUGUAUAUGAAAGACGAUAAAGCUGGAGGACUGAUAAGUAUUGCAGAAUAUGGUCAAGAAUACGGUAAAGACGACCCAAUCCGAGUCCUAUACCAUGGUUUUGGUCAUUACGAUGCCCUUUUGCUUCACGAGAGUAAAGCUUCGAUUCCAAAAUCUAAACUUUAGUAUACUUAGUUUUGCAUCUUUGACUUUUGUCAGGUGUUGAUGAUGUUUUUGUUUACUGACACAACCACUAUCUGUAUGCCUUGUAGAAUGUAACCUUUUUUUACCUUUUACUUUGAAUAAAAAUUUUCAGUUUCAAAUGAUAUGCUCGCUUC